GCAGCAAUCGGAUGCGCGCGACGACCAAGAUACAACCAGUUGACGGUGGUAGAUUUCACCGCUUCGAGCCGCUUCGAGCCACCUACCCUCGGUGAACGCGUAUACGAUUCGGUCGUUGGUCCGAGGCAUCGCGUGCCGAUCAAUUUGACGGGUUCGAGACAGCUGUCGAGAGCAAGGCGAUCGCGUCCGUGCAGCAACCUAUUUUUUUAGCCGUUUUUCGUGUCGCGUAUACAUCCGUCGUCUCGAGUUGUCGGCGUACGGGGGUUAUCAAACAUUGUCCUCCGGAUUCGACCGACGCGUCCGAAUUAUCCGAAAAGAAAGAUCCGAUCUCGCCGCGCGCGACCUACCGUCCAUGCCGGUGUUUCCACACGAUCCGGGGAGUCAGCUAAAGUUGUACGAGUGAUUUCGUCGAACGGCGUGAAACGUGCAGGCGGCGUACGUACGACGUGCAGGCGUGCGACGUACGGCGUGUCCGUUGACGCAAUGGCAUACUUUAAAAUGUGACUCCUUCGUUCACGCUUCGAUCGCGUCAGCUGAUCGACAACGUGUAUCGAACAAAUUAGGGCGGACAUGGCUCUGGUGAUGCUACCCUGCGACCUGCCAUGGUGGCCGGCCGUGGUCAAGCAGCUGGAUCGCGCGGCCGCUGCCAGAAACUCGGGGAACCUCGUCGAGGCGAUGCAACGCUUGCACGACAUGUGCAAACGCGAGGAACAGUGCUUGCUGAAAAGUAUAAGCCUCGAUCCCGAGGAAGAUUCGCAAGAUCCGGAGCUGUUCGCCGAGCUGGCCGCGUUCCUCGACAAGGAUCUCGACUCGGCGGAGCGGGAGCACGUGCUCACGAAAACGAUACCUCGGAUGGUGGAUCGGGCUAAAGCGUUGAGAAACUGCAAGCCUCCGCAGGGCUUGCACUUCAGUCUCCAGCAACAAGGUGACUGCGUCGAGUACAGCUACGGCUUCGUCUCCUCUUUGGUCGCGAACGCCUUCUUCUCCACGUACCCGAAGAGAACCGCGAAAACGCAUCCGACUUUGCGCGACUUCAACUUCACCAACUUCUUCAAGCACCUUCGAAAUAACGGACAGAAAGCGAAGCUGAAAAGUAUAUUUCACUAUUACGAUUACCUCGAGAAGGAGAACGCUUUGGACGGUAAAUUGGUGAUCUCCAGGCAGGUGAUGACGUCCAAGCAAUGGCUGACCAUCGAGGAUUGGCUGGAGAGCAACGUGCCCCUCUGUCCACUGAUGAUAAGGCACGAGGGACGACUGGAGAGGGUGGAACCGGAAACAAAAGUAUUGCGCGUUUGCUUCACGAGCGCGAAGUUUGGCGGCGGCGUGCUUGACGGUGAUGUUACGCAAGAAACUGUACAUAUAGCGACUCAUCCGGAGAUGCUCGCUGCGAUACUGUCGGUCGAGGCACUAGAAGACAACGAGGCUCUGAUAGUCGAAGGCGUCAGGCACGUGUCGCGCAUAAACGAUCCUCGGAACAGGGCCACGUUCGAAGCUCUGCCGAAACCUAAUGUCGUAACGGUCUGCUGCAUCGAUCCGGAGGAUUACUCGGCGUUGCCCUUGGCGCAGUUCGAAGAGGACAACGUGCUGCGAGAAAUGAACAAAUCGUUGCUAGGAUUUCGUCAAAGAUACGUGCCGAGCAGCCCGACGGAUCCGAUCGGAAGAUCGGAAAUGGAUCCGGACGGUGCUCUGAGUUCUCGCAGGUUGUCACCUAUCGGGGAAAGCUUCAGCAGCACUCCGCCGGAAACGGAUGCCGACGACAAGCCGGUGUCGUCGUCGUCGUCGGCCCAUCCGUUAAAUCACGAGUCCGUUAAGCAAGGGAAAUCCGUGUCGGCCGAGCGGAACAAGUACGACGACGAUGCAACGGAGUCGCACGGAAGGCCAAACGGGAAAUCCGUAAGAUCGUCGAGCCCUCAGAAGUCGGGCAAAGAGACUAGCUGCGCGAGCAGAAGGAAUCGGUUCAUAGUUCUCGGCUCGAGCGGCGAAGUUUUGCCGGUGACGAGGAAGUCGCUCGGUCAAAUGUCGGUUUACAGCAGCUGCAACAGUCAGAGCACGGACAGCUUUCAUAGCGCGAAAGACGUGAUAGAAGAAGACCCUGAAGAGGAAGAACAAAGGUUGAGCAAGCGAUACAGCAGCCAGUUGGACACACCGGAAAGGAGAGGUACGUUCGCUCAGCGUUUGAGGGACGCUUUGAAACGCGAGAGCACAGCCACCGGUGGUGCAGCCUCCUCGAACACGUCGUCCGGUGAGAGUAGCUACGCCGUAGGAAUAAGCGUGUCCGGAAGUCACGUUUACGAUCAAGAUAUCAAGGUGAAACGAGGUGGCUCGAGGGGUUUCGUUCUCAGAGACGAAACCGUGGAUGAAGAGUUUCUGAAAGAAUCGUUGGAGGCGGAACAGAAAUGGCUCGGUAGAUUCCGACAGAAUCAAUCGACGCUUCAGCGGAGAGACACGAGUGCCAGUAGUAGAUACAGUUUCAGUACCGAAUACAAUUCUGAUUUUUGUUCGGAGCUCGAGGAAGUAUACGAGCAACUAGCGAAAUGGUUAGAAGAUCCCAUAGCGGCGGACGAAUCGCGUGAAUUAGACGCGAGGGACAGGGCGGUAGUUAGAUUCGCGGGCUCGUUGCUAAAGAGAGCUCUCAGCGAAUCGUUUGCUGGCGUCCCGGUACAGGAGGGUGAACCUCAACCUCUCAUUGAUUCAGUCGACGUGAAUCAGAGGCACAAGUUAGCUUUGGCCGUGCGAAGUUUGAGUUUAGAGCUAGCCCGUCAAAAAAAUAGGAGACAGCAAUCAGUCUCUGAAUCCGAAGACAUAGAGAAUUACGAAGACGCUUUAAGUAAUCGUACGAUGUCGAAAGAGGUAAAGGAUAUCCAACGUAAAAAGCUUAGAACGGUAACGUUCACGUCCGAAGUUUUUCAAACAUUGGUCGAUGACAAGACUACCGUGUAUCUGUCUAAUCCUGUUUCUUUAAGUACACCUGGACCCAUAAAGGAUAAACUAGCGCAAGAAUUCGAAUCGCAUGUUACACUUAACAUACCAAGAGACAGUAGUCCGCAAUCCGGUGGAUUGUUGUCUAUCGUGACUGGAAACUGGGGAUGCGGAUCACGAUUAAAAGGGGACCCCCAGUUGAAGCUUGUUGUUCAAUGGCUCGCCGCUUCUUUAGCGGGCGUGCCGAAAUUGAUUUACUACACCGCAGGGAAUCCAAGACUAUCGAAGUUAGAUACCGUGAGCAGGGUCCUGAUGGAUAGGCACUGGUCGGUCGGCGAUUUGGCUGCUGCUACCUUGAGAUUUUCCUUGCAAAUCAUGGAGGAAAGAAUGGAAGGAAGGAACACGUUGUUCGAGGAGAUAAUCGGUAUGGACAAACCGAGCCCUUAGCCCGACUCGAUGCUGUCUGUUCUGGUAGAUAUUUUAGCUACCAUGAUCGAAGACAGCCUGGUGUGAACGCCUCAAACGAUUAUUAUCACGAGAGAAAGAAGCAUGACAAACUUCUCCUACCCGUGUAUAGGACCUACGCUGUAGGUGACACUUUUUCAACGACGUGGGGCCAGGUGAAACAAAAACGAAAACCGAAACGAAAAUGAAACCCUUCCGUAUGAUUUUUCCAACGUUUUUACUUUUACAAACCAAUUAUGGGGGAAGCAUCGCGACCGAUCUCUGGCGGGUUUCAAAUGUUUCAUAUCAAUGCAAUAUCAAACGAAGCCGCACAACUCAAGUGUACAAAACGAAAUACUUCAAACACAAAUAAGAAUUUAAACAGUUUUUUAAGCGUACGCGAUACACGUGAACAAAGUCAAAAAGAAUUGUUAUUGCAAGUUGCACGGAAGGCAACUGUGUUAUAGAAUUUUUCUGGUGUAUAUUGUCAUUGUUGUCCUAACAGUAUUUAUAGAGAUUUAAUAGUCUAUUCACGGGAAAAGUCAAUUCAGAUUUAUGUUCUUACGUAUAGGAUACGUAACUUGAUACGGUUACCUGCAAUAACUAACGAGGCACAAUAUAUUACACUAUAUUUUGUACAGUAUAAUAUUUAACGUCGCUGUAUGUGUCGGAUCGAAGCGUAUCUAUUGUAUGUAAUGACUUCAUAGAUUUUUAGGAGAAGAUUUUUAGUCGUAUUUUAUAGGCUGCUUUUUUAUAUCAAGUAUAAUUUAUACAAAACGAUUAUGUAAAUAAUAAAAAUGAAAUAUAUAUCUAAUGAGAAAGUAA